CUUCACUCCCUAUUCUCUGCUGUCUCCACCCCAGAUUCCCGUGCAAUUUUCCCCCAAUCCCCCAAACACUUAAUUGAGCAAUUGGGAUUCCUCACGUGUGGGCUGAUUUGUAGUUUGAACACGUGGCUCAUUCAGAAAAAAAAAAAAAAAAAGCCGGAAUAGCGGAGGAUCUUUUUUUUUUUUUUGUACUCCUCCUGCCCUUUCUUCUUAUUCCAGGCUGUAGACUCAGAGGCGGGCACCAGCCAGCCUUACUUUGUGUGACAUUCUCUGUCUCUUUGCCAAAAGGGCUUUUUGGAGGAAGACACAAAAGUAGUUUAGCCUCCUUUUUUCCCCAUCGCCCGACCCGCCAUCGUUUUUGGAGAGAGGCGAGAUUAAUAAUUGAGCAUUUAUUUAUUGCGCGACAGUGGCAGAGGGGGGCGAGGGAGCGCAAACGCACUGUGGAGGGGCUGCCAGUGUAAAUCUAGCUGUGGCUCGAACCGACCGGGAAGCACGCCACAGCCGCUCCGUAUAGUAGUUGUAAAAGGACUAGGGAAUAAAAGAAAACAAGGCGAUUCGGGCGCACGUCCGUGAGAGAGAGCGAACAACUGUCUCUUCUCCACCUCCACCUCUCUCCGGCGUGAAGAUUGUCCCGUUUCGGCGUGGAACAUGAAUAAACUAUACAUCGGCAACGUGAGCGCUGAGGCGAGCGAGGAGGACUUGGAAAGUAUCUUCAAGCAGUGGAAGAUUCAGCACAGCGGUCCGUUUCUCGUCAAAACUGGCUAUGCGUUUGUGGAUUGCCCGGACGAGAAGACGGCGAUGAGGGCCAUCGAUGUUCUUUCAGGUAAAGUUGAACUUCAUGGGAAAGUUCUGGAAGUGGAGCACUCUGUCCCUAAACGGCAAAGGAGCUGUAAACUGCAGAUCAGGAACAUCCCGCCUCACAUGCAGUGGGAGGUUUUGGACGGUAUGCUUGCGCAGUACGGCGCUGUAGAGAGCUGUGAACAAGUUAACACUGAUAUGGAGACUGCAGUAGUCAAUGUUCGAUAUGCAACUAGGGACCAGGCAAGACUAGCAAUGGAGAAGCUGAAUGGAUCAAUGAUGGAGAACUAUGCCUUGAAAGUGUCAUAUAUCCCAGAUGAGACAGCUGCACCAGAAGGUCCUCCUUCAGGUGGUCGGAGAGGCUUCAAUGCCCGUGGACCUCCUCGUUCUGACUCUCCGGGUUUGGGCGCACGUCCCAAAGUGCAGUCAGAUAUCCCGCUGCGCGUGCUGGUACCCACACAGUUUGUAGGGGCAAUCAUUGGCAAGGAGGGUGCUACCAUACGGAACAUCACCAAACAGACCCACUCAAAAAUCGACAUCCAUCGGAAAGAAAAUGCAGGAGCAGCAGAAAAACCCAUUACAAUUCACUCCACCCCUGAAGGUUGUUCAAAUGCCUGCAGAACCAUCAUGGAUAUCAUGCAGAAGGAAGCAGUUGACACAAAGUUCACUGAGGAAAUCCCACUGAAGAUCCUUGCACACAACAACUUUGUAGGAAGAUUAAUAGGGAAAGAAGGCCGUAACCUGAAGAAAAUCGAGCAAGACACUGGGACCAAGAUCACAAUCUCACCGCUCCAGGAUCUCACUUUAUACAACCCUGAGCGGACAAUAACGGUAAAGGGUUCCAUCGAUGCGUGCUCCAGAGCUGAGGAGGAGGUGAUGAAGAAGAUCAGGGAAUCCUAUGAGAGCGACAUGGCUGCUAUGAAUCUCCAAUCCAACCUCAUUCCUGGCUUGAAUCUGAACGCUUUGGGUUUGUUCCCCAGUGGCGCUCCAGGCAUGGGUCCCUCCAUGGCCAACGUCCCGCCUCCUCCUGGAGCUCAUGGUGGAUGCUUGUAUGGCUGCAGCCCUUAUGGGGCUGAGGGGCCAUUUUGGGCUUCUAUGCUGUCUGCAGGCAGCCAGCCGCUUGCUCAGGGCCAGCCGGAGUCUGAGACUGUUCACCUGUUCAUUCCUGCGCUUGCUGUGGGAGCCAUUAUCGGAAAACAGGGUCAACACAUCAAACAGCUGUCACACUUCGCUGGAGCCUCAAUCAAGAUUGCUCCCGCAGAAGGUAUGGAUGCCAAGCAGAGAAUGGUCAUCAUUGUUGGACCACCAGAAGCUCAGUUUAAGGCACAAUGUCGUAUAUUUGGAAAGCUUAAAGAAGAGAACUUUUUUGGGCCGAAGGAAGAGGUGAAGCUGGAAGCACACAUCAAAGUUCCCUCCUUUGCUGCUGGACGCGUCAUUGGGAAAGGUGGCAAAACGGUGAAUGAGCUGCAGAACUUGACCUGUGCGGAAGUGGUGGUGCCCAGGGACCAGACACCUGAUGAGAACGACCAGGUCAUAGUGAAGAUUAGUGGACACUUCUUUGCAUGCCAGUUGGCCCAGAGGAAGAUUCAGGAGAUCCUGGCUCUGGUGAGGAGGCAACAGCAGCAGCCCAAACCUCCAUCAGGAGCCCAACCUCAAAUCCCACGCAGGAAGUAAAGGUCCAGCAGAUCUGGAAGAACAGUGACUGGCUCCAUCUUGGAACUCGAAAGGUGGACAGAUGCAGAUAAGCUCAGAGUGGGGAAAGAAAAUGACAGUGGAUCCUAACGCACAUCUCAGGGGUCGGGUCAUCAGAACCAAACAUCCACCCCUCUCUGAACAACUUGAUGACUUUAAAGUGGGGUGAUAGGACCUUACACCUCUAAAACUCCACUCACCUCUCUGCAUCAGCUGUGAGAAUGUACUUGAGGAGGACCCCCCCCCCCCCCCCCUACCCUGGGUGUAGUUAUUUUAUUUUGUUCUUUUUACACUAAAAUCGCAAAGAAAUACGGAACCCCACCCCUCCCCUAUCUCCUAUCACCCCCUAUGGUAUGGUACCUUAAAGAAGUUUAGGUUGUUUAGUUUUUCUAAAUUGGUUGAAGCUUUUUUUAACGAGUUUUUCCGUGGGAAAGAAAAAAAAAAAAGGCAUUGCUUGGUCCUGGUCGGACCAACAGAGGUUUAUUUGGGGGGAGGCUUGGUUCUGGCUGGGUGGGCCACAUUUAGGGGAAAAAAAUUCUAGUUUUAGGACAGGACCCCUGUGAAAGGGUGGAGUAUAUCAGGCGUCCUGCCGUCGGAAUGACAGUGGCAUUUUUAAAAAAAAAAGAAAAAUUUGGAUGCAUUUUAUAGAUAAGACCUAUAUGAGUAGAUCAAUAUAUAAAUAUAAAUAAAUAUAUAUAUAUAUUUAGUGGAGGGGGUAGCACUGCAACUGACACUUCUGGGGAAAAGGGUGCCAAACUGCUGCUGCUGCCCUUAACCAAUUAAAUAUGCAUUUUGUUUAACUACCUCAGGAUCUAGUACCUCAGAAGAGAAAAAAAGAUUAUAUGGAGAAAAAAAAAAGUUCCUUUCUUUUUAUUUUGCUUUUGUGGUAUUUUGUAUACUUUAUAAAGCUGAUAGUCUUUGAACACUUUUAUUUUUUUAAGAAAAUUUAAAAUGUCUGGGUCAGCUGCCAACUGACCUUGCCUUCAACUUUGGUGCUUUAGGCAGCAUUGUACAUGUGGAUGUGUGAACAAAGAUGACCCUGUACAUAGUUUAUUUGUACAUAGCAGCCUUGGAGCAAGAGUUGCCCAACACCCUCCCACCCUCAGCUGGCGGCUGACGGAGAAGUAUAUAGAGAAAAAAAAUUGCUUCAGUUUCCCCCCACUCCCCUUCCGAUGGUCCAUCUUCUGGAAGACAACAAACAAGUACAGAACAAAUCACAUCCAAAAAAUGCCAACCGUACAUGUUUGCAGCAAUGCCAUUUAGUUUGGGGUUUCGUUGGUAGUUUUAAUGUCAAGUUCUUUCUUUGCCUUCCUAUGGGGGCUGCGAUGGAUCCUCCCUGUAGCUGUUGUCAGAGCAUCUUGUUUUGUUUUUCUUUUUUCCCCUUUUGGUCUGUUUUAUUUCUGGGUCAUCUGCCGCUGUAUUGAUAAUGCUGUCCUGGUAAGGUCCAAACGCUGCCAUAGUGACAUGGCCAUCAAGUCAUUUAUAUCCUCUGCAUGGUGAGAGUAGGGGGAGUGGGACAGAUGGAUGCAUUUUUAUGUUUUGUGCUUUAAGAAAGUGAGCUGACCUGUUUUGCAACUUGAUUCGUCUUUGUUUUUUUUUCUCUUUUUUUUUUUUUUUUGGGUCGCUCAUACAAGUUAAGUCACAUAAUUGUGAAUGAACCCCGACUCGGAAGGAAAGCAACGAUCCAAAUCGUAGUCCAUUAAUUUCCUUUGUUUCCAUGCCGAAUGUAAAUAUAUAUCAAUUGUGGUAAAAGUGCUUGUGUAUCCAUGCUUCCACAGUAGAACGCAGUCUACCUCAGCUAAGGGGGUGAGAGGUGGGGGAGGGAGUUGCUGUGGCACUGAACGCCUCACCCCGCCCCCACUGAGCGCCAGCGCGCACCAAUACCUCAGUACCCCGAACACUUGUUUCUACCUGGGCGCGCCCUCCUGACACCAUGCUUAACUGAGGGGCACAAGUGAUACUUAAAAUGAUCCUCCUGACACUCACUCUCCCCUCAUCCAGUUUGUUUUUGAUCUACCUCUUUAGACACAUAUUUGAAUUAGAGGCAUUCUUCCAUUUGUUUGAAUCCCACCCCCUCACACACACCUUUUGUCCACCUCCCCAGAAAAGAAAUGAAAAUUUAAAUUCAUUAACUUUGUAGAAUUGAGAAUAAUGGAAAGUAAUGGAAAUGUUUUCUUUUGACAGUGUUUAUAUUUAUAUAUAAUUCUUUUGGCUUUAUUGAAAUCCUCAAUGGUUAUUCCUUUCUGCUUUCUCUUUUUGGUGGUGUGGCUUACAUAUAUUCAAACUAUUGCUAUUUUUUCUGUAAGAAGUUCUUGGAUUGUUUUUUUUUUUUUUUUUUUUGCUUUCAGUCUGAUACAAAAAAGGACCUGUUUUUUUUUUUUUUUUUUUUUUCAUCUUUCAGAUUCAUAAGACUUGGAGACAAGAAAAUGCAAGUCCCUUUUGUCUUUCACAAAUGCUACUCACUUGCUGAUUUAACAGCAUUUUUUGGUUAGCAUUUCUUGGCUGUGUAAUGUGGAACAUAAUUUUUUUUUCUUGGUAUGGGACAAAUUAGAGGGACUGAAUCCGUAAUGGAAAACUGAUUACUUUAGCAUGAUAUUCCCUCCUUCCCCUUUCAGCAACCAUAUUUGUGCCCCUUCACCUCCCCACAAAUGCACAGCUCCACUUGUCAAAUGCCUCUGAAUAAUAAAAAAAGGAAUAAAAAAAAAAAA